AUGGGCAGAGAAGGGAUCUAUGACGAGCGAGAUGAGAAAUUCUCCGAACCUAUCCAGCAGGAAAAAGUCUCGAAUAUCAUCACUAUUGAUAAUUUCCAGGUCCUGGGGCUGGAUCCGGAUGAUGCGACUUUUUACAUGGGGUUUUCGGAAGAGAGGAGGAGGAAGGUUAUUCGGAAGGUCGAUGUUCGAUUAGUCCCCAUGCUAGCCGUCCUAUACCUCAUUUCGCACCUUGAUAGAGCGAACAUCGGGAAUGCGAAGAUUGAGGGGAUGUUAGAUGAUCUGGGGCUUGAUGGGAUUCAGUAUAAUACUGCGUUGGCUAUUUUCUUUAUUCCCUAUGUUUUGCUGGAGGUGCCGAGUAAUAUGCUCCUGAAGAACUUUACCCGGCCGUCGAUUUACCUGGGCAUUCUUAUUCUUUGCUGGGGUAUUAUCAUGACCCUCACCGGAGUUGUGCAGGGUUAUGCGGGAUUAUUAGUUGUUCGUGUGUUGUUGGGUAUUUUCGAGGCCGGCUUCUUCCCCGGUGCCGUAUACCUCUGCACAUUCUGGUACAUGCCCAAGAACCUCUCCUCUCGCCUCGCCUUCUUCUACUGCGCCAGUGCCCUAUCCGGCGCAUUUUCCGGCCUCCUCGCCGCCGCAAUCGCGAAAAUGAACGGCGUUGGAGGGUACGCGGGCUGGCGCUGGAUUUUCAUCAUUGAGGGCCUGGCGACUGUUGUCUUGGGCGUGGCGUCGUUCUUCCUGUUGAUUGACUCGCCGCGAAGAUCCAAGUGGCUGGACGCAGAUGAGAUCCGGUUCCUGGAGUUGCAGCGGUUUAUCAAGGAGGGUGGUGAGUUGAAGAAGGAGAAUGCGCAGAAUAGGUUCCGGUGGAAGGAUGUCUGGGGUGUUUUGGGUAAUUGGCGGCUGUAUAUUCAGGCGUAUGUGCUUUUGUGUCAAUCUGCUUGUUCUUACGGAACCAAAUUUACCCUCCCCACAAUCACCAAAGCAAUGGGCUUCAGCAGCACGAACGCCCAACUAAUGACCGUCCCGCCGUACGUCGCCGGCGCCAUCUCCGCAAUCUGCUUCUCUUUCCUCUCCGAUCGCUUCUACUGGCGCAUGCCCUUCGUCGCCAUCCCCGUCACCAUCAUCGCCAUCGGCUACAGCAUCAUAAUCUCCUUCCACGGCGCCCUAGCCGACAAUAUCGGCCCGGCCUUCUUCGCCGUCAUCCUAACCUGCAUCGGUAUCUACCCGACCCACCCAGCGACAACAUCCUGGACGGCGAAUAAUCUAGCCCCUGCAAACCGUCGCGCGAUUGGCGUCGCGUUUAAUAUCUGCAUUGGUAAUGCGGGGGGUAUUAUUGGGAGUUUUAUGUAUUUGGAUUCCGAAGCGCCGGCAUAUUAUACGGGGUUUGGGUUGAGUUUGGCGUUUGGGGGGACGUCGUUGGUUUUGGUGUUGUUGUUGGAGAUGAGUUAUGUUUGGGCGAAUCGGAGGAAGAGAAGGUUGGCGGAGGGUGAGGUCAGGAAUAUGUAUAGUGAGGAGGAGCUCUUGGAUUUGGGGGAUAGGUCGCCGUUGUUUAAGUAUACGCUGUAA